AUGUUUUCGAAAGCCAAAAGAGACAAGAUGAGUCUCAAAGGAAUUGGGAUUAAGAAGCCGGAGGGAGCCGCAGGCUCUUCGUUUAUUGCUAUCCUUGUGGGCUUAUUUGUUGCAUUCGGGGGAGUACUUUUCGGAUAUGACACUGGAACAAUCGGUGGCAUUAUAACCAUGCGCUACUGGUUAGAUACUUUCUCUACAGGAUAUAUCGACCCCAAAACUGGUCAACUAGGCAUUAAUUCUGGUCAAUCAUCCUUGAUUGUAUCAAUUCUAUCAGCAGGAACACUUUUUGGAGCUCUUUUCGCGGCCCCAGCAGCCGAUUGGACAGGAAGGCGCAUUUCACUUUAUAUUAGUCUAUGCGUGUUUUCCUUUGGCGUCAUUUUGCAGAUGGCUUCGGUUGAUAUCCCAUUGUUUGUGGCAGGGAGAUUCUUUGCUGGUUUUGGGGUUGGCAUGGUUUCCAUGUUAGAAACCGCACCGAAAUGGAUUAGAGGAGCUAUUGUCGGUGCCUAUCAACUUGCGAUAACAAUUGGAUUGUUACUUGCAGCAGUUGUUGAUAACGCUACUAAAGAUCUCGAUAAUACUGGAUCUUACAGAAUCCCAAUAGCUGUUCAAUUUUCUUGGGUUCUUAUUUUAGGAACAGGGCUUUUAUUUCUCCCUGAAACCCCUCGUUAUCUGAUUAAACGUGGUAGACACAAUAAAGCGGCGGAGUCGCUUGGUCGACUUCGAAGAUUAGAUGUGAACGAUCCUCACUUGAUUGCCGAACUUCAGGAAAUCGAGUCCAACUAUCUCCAUGAACAAACUUUGGCCAAGGGAUCGUCAUAUCUACAAUUUUUAAAAUGGCGUACUUUGGGUUGUUGUCUUCAAGCUCUCCAGCAACUAACUGGUAUUAACUUUAUCUUCUACUACGGUACUUCAUUCUUCGCAGCUUCCGGAAUUAAAGAACCUUUCGUCAUAAGUAUGAUAACUUCAUCAGUCAACGUCAUUUCAACAUUGCCCGGUCUCUACCUUGUCGAAGCAUGGGGGCGACGCCGUCUUCUCCUCUUCGGUGCCAUCGGAAUGUUCGUCUGUCAAAUGAUAGUCGCUAGCGUAGGCACCGCCUUCCCAAACGGCGACAACCUAGCCGCCCAAAAGGCCCUCGUGGCAUUCGUAUGCAUCUACAUAUUUUUCUUCGCCAGCAGCUGGGGCCCCAUCGGCUGGAUAAUCCCCGGAGAAAUAUUCCCCCUCCCUGUCCGCGCAAAAGGUAUCUCCAUCACCACGGCCUCGAACUGGCUCUUGAAUUGGGCCAUUGCCUAUUCUACUCCUUAUUUGGUUAACCCUGGACCUGGGAACGCAAAUCUACAGGCUAAGAUAUUCUUUGUGUGGGGUGGUUGCUGUUUGUUGUGUGCGGUGUUUGUUUACUUUUUGAUCUAUGAGACUAAGGGUCUUAGUUUGGAGGAGGUCGAUGAGUUGUAUGAGAGUGUAGGUAAGGCGUGGAAGAGUACUCAUUGGGCGCCGGUAGAGGGGUAUGGGAAGGAAUGGAGGGGUAUUGGGAAUGGGAAUGGAAGUGGAAGUGGAAGUGGGGACGGGAAUGUGGAUGGAAAUGGGAGUGGGAGUGGGGAUGGGAAUGGGUUGUUUCAGGAAGAGAAGAAGGUGUCGGUCGAUAAGAGAGAGGGUGUUGCUUGA